CUGCCGGCUUACGGAUCCGUCGCGGCUCGGCCGCUCUGCGCUCGAUCGGACCUCGCGGGACUUGCGGAUUCUCUUAGGUCGCAGUGCCCUAUUUGGAUCGAGCGUUCUUUGCCGGAAGAGGGUCUAUAUAAUCUUUGAAGUGGUUGAUUUGGAUGAUUUUUGCGUAGAAAGGGUGCAUAUAAGGAGUUUGUGAUCUAAGUUUGUCCAGAAGAAAACAUUAUUUGGCAUUAAUACAAUUAGUGUUGAUAUUUAAGUUUUGGUGAGCCACCCUUACCUCAUACUUGAUUUAUGUAACUUGUUCUUAAUCAAAGUUUUGCAUUUAAUUUUAAACUGAUGAAGGAAUCUAGUGAGCUUUAAAUAAAAUAAAAACAUCUGAUUAAUUAAGUAAAAAUCAAUAAUUUAGGUCUAUAUUGAUCUCCCAUCAUUCAUUAAUCACAAAAACUAACUUACACAACUACACACGGCCACACAAAUACAUGCAUAUUUUUAUUUGAACUUUUAAAGUUCUUGUGCGUGAACAAUAGCCAGUGCAAAUAAAUAAUUGCAUACACGCGGACGUUUUGCAUACACAUAUAUAUAGUUGAAUUAACCCACUUUUUGCUCUAGCUUGACUCAUUUCUCACCUUCAAAAUACUCAUAUUUAUGUGGACUCCAUUGAUUAUUAUUUAUCUAACUUCUUUUUAUAUGAUAUAUGUGGCUACUUAAAUGCCUAUGUUGUAAACUAUCACAUUAAUUUGAUUGAAUGUAUUAGUCAUAGUAGAUGGAAAAAUCACCAUUGCCGUCCAAAUCUUGUACGUAAAUGGUUUUUGGUUGAUGUUAGGUCAACAAUCAAUCACAGAGCAUUUGCCAAAGAGCAUGAAAUGAAUUAAAUUAUGAAUUUAUCUAGCGCUACUUUGCUCCCAUGAUUGACACAUCUUAGCCUAAUCUGAUUAUGAUGAAAAAUAGGCAAGGAAUUGCUAGGUUCUUACCAUUAAGUGAUGCAUCAUAACUUAAUGUGAUUAUAAGAAGAAAUAUUCUUGGGAAGGCUAAGAUGUCUCCCUCAAGUGACACAACACAAUUUAACCUGGGUUAAGGGUUGCCUAGUUCUGAAAGAUUGGUAGUCCAAAAAUGUGAUUGCGAAGACAGAAUGGUCUCGGUGAAAAAUGCAGGUGAUUUCAAAGGAGGCCAGACAAACACCAUCUCAUGGGCGUGCAACAUUUAGGCCAGACAGACACCAUCUCAAGGUUCAAGGUGAUACUCUUGAUAAAAAGUUGGCUCAGGUUAAGGAUGGUGCAUAUUUUUCUGUUCUUUUCCAUGCAACUUGGUGUCCCUUCUCACGGAAUGUUAAAACCACUUUUGAUGCACUUAGCUCUAUGUUUCCACAAAUUUGGCAUUUAACAGUCGAAGAAUCCUCUGCUAUUCCAAGGUACAACGAUGGCUGUGUUUUUUCAAGAUAUGGGAUCCAUAGUUUUCCAUCCAUUUUGUUAGCCAACAGAACUGCGUGGAUAAGAUAUCAUGGCUCAAAAGAUCUCGAUUCAUUAGCACACUUCUAUAGACAAACUACGGGCCAAUAUCCAGUUGCAUUUUUCCAUGUGGACCAACCGAAGGAGAAGGCAAAGGUUGUCCAGCCAUGGCACCGACCUGUUGGUGAACUUCUAAGGAAUGAACUCUAUCUGACAUUCUCUCUACUUUUUGUUCUCCUGAGGGCAUUUACUUAUUUCUUCCCAAAGUUUAUCUCGGAAAUCAAAGCCUUCUGGAUGGUCUAUACCUUCCGCCAUCUGAACCUUGGCACCUUAAUUGAAUUGAGCCAACCCCUGGUGCGUUUUCUGCAUGUAAUUGAUAUGAAGAGAGCAUGGAACAAGCUUCGGCUAUCGAACACGACAAGAAAUUUUCACAAAGGAGCUAAAAAUGCGCGCGUGUGGGCAUCUUCCUUGGCUUCUGUCUCGCUAGGCGAAUCAUCUUCUUUAAGGUCCACCCACUUGAACUAAUUAUCUCUUUGUUUCUUGAGGUCGAUGCAUGGUGUUUUGAUCACAAAAAAUCUGAGUUCUUCAGAUCUAUGUGGAGAGUUGUUUAGGAAAAAGUUCAUCUUUUCUUCUUUGAUGAAUGUUCUGGUUUGGAACUUCUCCAUGUGAGAUUGGACGCAUGAGAAAAGGGUCUUAGCAUGUAAAUUUUCAGGACCUUUAUCAUUUUGUAUAUUAAUACACUUGCAUGCACUAAGUGCGGUGCAACAUCAUUGUGUACUCCUAUGGUUUACAUUUCUGUUUAUUAAAAGACUAUUAGCCUUCAACAAA